AUGACGAGUCUCUCCACUAAGCUCGCAGAGCGUGAAAGGGCUGGCAAGCCUAUCCAGGUCGGCAUCAUCGGAGCUGGAAAGUUCGGCUCCAUGUUCAUUUCACAAUCUUUCCGCACAACUGGAAUCCAUCUCGCGGGCAUCGCUGAUCUCUCGAAAGACCGCGCUCUUGCCGCUCUUAAGCGCACGGGGUACCCCACGGACAAGUACGAUGAGACCUGCACCAUGUCUGUGUCCAAUGGCAUCAAGUCUGGGAAGACUGUUAUUACGACAGACUCUACGGCUCUUAUUGCAACACCUGAGAUAGACGUUGUGCUCGAGGUGACUGGCAGCCCGGCAGCCGGCGUUCGGCACGCCCUUCUGUGCUGUGAGCACAAAAAGCACAUUGUCAUGGUUAACGUGGAGGCGGAUGUCCUCUGUGGCCCCCUAUUGGCGCGACGCGCCCAAGAGGCUGGCAUCAUUUACUCCAUGGCAUACGGCGACCAACCAGCCUUGAUCGCAGAAAUGGUCGAUUGGGCACGCACAGCUGGGUUCGAUGUUGUCUGUGCUGGCAAGGGAACCAAGCACCUACCCCAGUACCACUACUCAACGCCGGUGACUGUGUGGGACAACUAUGGCUUCACCAAGGAGCAAUUGGAUUCUGGUGACUUCAACCCACAGAUGUUUAACUCGUUCCUUGAUGGCACGAAAUCUGCUCUGGAGAUGGCCGCUGUUGCCAACGGUUGUGGCCUGAGCCCACCUUCAGGCGGUUUGAUGUUCCCGCCCUGCGGCGUGUGGGAUCUUCCCAACUCCUUGAAGCCCAAGAGCGACGGCGGUCUUCUUGAGAAGUCUGGGACUGUUGAAGUUGUCUCAUGCAUGGAGACUGACGGCCGCUGGGUGUUCAACGACUUGCGAUGGGGUGUCUAUGUGAUCAUCAAGGCCCCCGGCGAAUACCAAAAGGAGUGCUUCAAGCAAUACGGUCUCAAGACUGACGCCAGCGGUUGGUACGCUGCGCAGUACAAGCCUUACCACCUCAUCGGUCUCGAGCUCGGCGUGUCAAUCGCGACCAUCAUGGGCCGUGGCGAGCCCACUGGCCAGACCAAGACCUGGUCCGGAGAUGUCGUGGCCACCGCCAAGCGCGACCUUGAGGUCGGCGAGAAGCUGGAUGGCGAGGGUGGCUUCACUGUCUACGGCAAGCUUAUGACCGCGGAGGACUCGAUGGCCAUUGAGGGUCUGCCCAUUGGCCUGGCGCACGGAUGGAUGCUGAAACGAUCCGUCAAGAAGGACCAAGCUCUUAGCUGGGAAGAUAUCGAGUACACCGAGACCGCGCCGGCUGUGUCUGUGCGAAGAGAGAUGGAGGCCAUCUUCAAGAACGAGUUCAAGGCCAAGGCCAAUGGCGUCAACGGCACUCAUUAG